AUGCCAGGUUUCCCUUCGGAGGCAUUCACCUCAUGGCCAGUCUUCACAUCCUGCAAUGGCGAAGGUGCUCCUGGUGCUCCUCCAGAAGAGCUGAUCCAAUACAAAAAGGACAUCGUGGAAAGUUAUGGUGAAGCAGCUAUCAGAACCAGCUGGCUGAAUGUAUGCAAAGAACUUGAGAUCCUUACUGAUGAGAUCAGCGAGAAGGGCACCAACAUCAUUCCGGAAGUGUCGUAUGAUGAGAUACUAGAGUUGAGCGGUGACAAGAAGGCUGAGCUACAGAAGAGGGGAUGUUUUGUUGUUAGGGGUGUCGUGAGUGAAGACUUGGCAACAAAGUGGUACAAGGAUGUGAAGAAGUAUUAUGAGGAUAAUAAGUCGAAAGUUACUGGCUGGCCGGUGGCAACUCUUUUCGUACUGAGUCUGUACUGGUCCCCGACACAACUUUCUGCUCGCUCUCAUCCUCGCCAAUUACGCCUUCAGCGCGAACUGAAUUCUUGGUGGCAUGACUCACCAACUUCACCUACCACAUCCACAGAUCCCCUAUCAUACGCAGAUGCCGUCCGGAUUAGACCUCCGAAGAUUCCUUUCCCGGGUCUAGGACCACAUAUCGAUGCUGGUUCCCUAUGCAGAUGGGUUGAUCCCGCCUAUCAAGGAGUGUAUUCGGAGAUCUUCGCGGGAAGUCCAGAGAAGCAUGACUGCUACGAUAUUGAGAAGCGGAAAGAUGCAAAGCAAUCUAUCUUUGGACAGAGUUAUAACUCUAGUGUUCUGCGCGCGUUUCAAGGCUGGACUACCUUGACAGGCGCUGGGAAGUCGGAGGGAAGUCUAGUAUUAUAUUCUGAUGUCAAAACUUCAAUCGCCUAUAUUCUUCUCCGGCCUUUCUUCAAGCCUCCAAUCUCUACCAAAGAAGAGGAUAUCAUGGAUGCCUCGAAAUGGAUAUUCGAAAUCUCCGACCCCUGGUUUCCGGGAACAUUCAGGAACGAUUCACAAUAUGCUUCUCCAUCUUCACAUCCACAUCUUCGCAUGACAGAAUGUAUGUUCAACAUCCCAAGAAUGAUUCCUGGAGAUACAGUCUGGUGGCAUUGCGACAUGCUCCAUGCUGUUGAAGUUGAGCAUUUUGGCGAAUUUGACGCAAGUGUGGCAUAUAUUGCUGCAACACCAACGACGGAGCUUAACAAGAGCUAUAUGAGAGAGCAGGUUAAAGCAUUCUUGGAUGGAGGGAAGGUGCCGAAAGAUUUUGAGAAGGAUGCUGGGCCGCAGAGAUAUGAGUGUAAUUUUGUUGGAUGGGGUGGUGAGGAUGCGAUUUUGAGUGGAGAGGAAGGGAGGAGAGCGGCUGGAUUAGUUGGGCUGUGAUUUGUUAUGAGAACAAAGCUCAUACUUAUUGUCUUUUGCCUUUGAUUUGACAUUACUGUUUGCUUCCUCUGUGAUCAGGAUUGCAGCCGACAAGUUCUUGUCUGAAGAGCCGAAAGUUUUUCGCUAAAGCCGCUUCCUCGCGACUCCCACUCGCUAGAGGCUACAAGAUUGUUUACUUUCUGAAUCUCCCCUAUAUUCUUCCAAACAUGGCUGACGAGCUC